UGCCUGUGUGCCUGGCCUGUUUAUUCUCACUGCCAGUACCUCUUGGAUUCCAAUUCCAAACAUGGUAUCCCUCCCGGGGUCACCCUUUCUUCCGGUGCCAGAGAGAACGCAUUCCAAAUGGCACACAAGUGUGCCUCCCAUGCUGGGCGCUGUCAUUCUGCUGCGGAACAGAGAGCAGGAUGUGGCCGCUUUCCCCUACACAGCUGAAGUUGUCAGUCUACCUUUGUCUGGGGACAAUUUAUAUUCUCUUCUAGGAACCAACUAUGAGGUCCAUCCUAAAAAACCUGGAGUCAAGGGAGUUUUGCACCACUCCACAGAAACAGCCAGAGCCUUGCUGAGGAAGAAAAUUGCCUUUCUAUUUCUCCAUGGACUAUGUCUGGCAUCCAUUCCCAAAGCCACCAGAAGCAUCCUUCCUGGCAAAGGCAGAUUUGGUGGUGAGAAGCCAAAGGUGAGAAGACACCUGGAAGGACAGCUCCGUUCAUCUGCAGAGUUUCCUGUGUGUGCAAGGCUUUGAGACACCCCCAACAAUGAGCGCCAACAGCAGCACGGUAGUCCAGCUGCUCUUUCAGGGACCAAUGUGUGUUGGCUGGAAGCAGGUUCUGGAAGGCACUGUCUACCACCUAGCCAACUGCAUCCUGCUCUUCGGCCUCAUGGCUGGCAGUGGGGUAUAUGGAUGCUUCUAUCUUUUUAGCUUACUGGGCACAGGCUAUCUGUGCUAUGCGCUGUGGGGCUGGUUUGAUGCCUGCGGAGUGGACGUGGUCUUCUGGAGUUGUCUGUUGACAGUGGCUUGCCUGCUCCAGCUGGCACAUCAGGUGUACCGCCUGCGCGUGAAUGCCCUCCCUGAGGAGUUCGACCUUCUCUAUAAGACGCUCUGCCUGCCCCUGCAGGUUCCCCUGUGCUCCUACAAGGAGAUCAUUCACUGCUGCCAGGAGCAGGUCUUGACUCUGGCCAUGGAGCAGAACUAUGCUGUGGAAGGGGAGACACCCAUCAACCGCCUGUCCCUGCUGCUCUCCGGCAGGGUUCGGGUGAGUCAGGAUGGGCAGUUUCUGCACUACAUCUUUCCAUACCAGUUCAUGGACUCUCCUGAAUGGGAAUCGCUGCAUCCCUCAGAGGAGGGGACCUUCCAGGUCACUCUGACUGCCGAGACUGAAUGUAGCUACAUUUCCUGGCCCCGCAAAAGCCUCUACCUUCUUCUGAGCAGAGAGCGAUACAUCUCCCGCCUCUUCUCUGCCCUGCUGGGCUAUGACAUCUCGGAGAAGCUCUACACCCUCAAUGACAAGCUCUUUGCUAAGUUUGGGCUACGCUUCGACAUCCGCCUCCCCAGCCUCUACCAUGUCCUGGGUCCUUCCCCCUCGGAUGGAGGGCCAGAGUCAGAGAAGGAAGAUGAGGAAGUUCCUGAGCCAGUCUUGUUCCCUGCUCAGGCCAUGCCCCCCUCUGUCCAGCCGUCACCUCCUUGCUCAUCCCCGCUGGCUUCCACCGCCCUUCCUGCACAUGUGCCCCGGGCUAGGACGCCCAGGCCGGACAGCAGCCCCCUGGUUUCUAGAACCCCUCUCCAGAUCUCCUCUCAAGUUAUAUCCAGGGGACGGGUCCCUUUGGCUCCGAUCCACACACCUGAACUUUAAGUAUCACUGGACUGUUGACUAAGCUGUGGCUGGCCAGGACAGCUCUUCUGCAUUCACGGAACAUUCACUUACACGCAUGCACCUCCUCUUACCCACAGGAAGGCUCCCAGGGAAGGUGGGAGUGGACACCAGAUGUCAUACUACUACAAUGCCAAGAGCUCCGAGUGACAAGGAGAAAUUCACCUUUGUGAAACUUCCUUAGGAGAAGGCAUCCAAAAUCAUCAGGCUGGCCUCCAGGUUGCAGAAUCUUGGCAAGUUGCAUAAUCUCUGAGCCUUGUCUGUCAAGUGAACUCAAAAUCCCCCUCCCAGGAUAACAUGAGCUGCUAUAGGUCAAGUGCUCACAAUGGGCCCUUGCACCUACAAAGCUCUCAAUAAACCACACAGCAACUUUC